UUAGACCCUACUAGCUGCCUUUCGAUCCAUCAUUCACAUUAUUCAUAUUCCAUCAUUUCCAUCGCAUUUCUUUUUUUCGAAGUUCAUUUUUGAGAAGCUGUUGGCUCCACUAAUUGAUAGAUAAGAAUACUUCCUCAACGGAUGACUAUUGAUUCGAAAUCAUCAGAACCCCUAAGAUGUUAAGUCAGAUAAUAGUGAAACCAGCUCAACAACCCUGUAACGUUUCUAAAUUCCACCUUCUCCUCCCACGAUUUUUGCUUCAACAUCACGCGCUCACGACCAAUGUGGCGGCGGAAGACGCCACCGUAGCAAAACUCGUGCUUGAUUCAGACCCUCGAACCAUCUCGGAAACCCUUGAGAAACCCGAUUUCCGAUGGAGCCCAGAGCUAGUGGACAAGGUUCUGAAGCGCCUGUGGAACCAUGGACCCAAAGCACUGCAAUUCUUCAAACACCUAGACCGCCACCCAACCUACAUUCACGCCUCUUCAGGCUUCGAUCACGCCAUCGACAUCGCAGCCCGCAUGCGCGACUACAACUCAGUAUGGGCCCUGGUGGGCCGGAUGCGCUCCCUCCGUCGGGGCCCAACCCCUCGAACCUUCGCGAUCAUCACUGAGAGGUACGUCUCCGCCGGAAAAGCCCACCGAGCCGUUAAGGUUUUCCUCUCCAUGCACGAACACGGUUGCCGGCAGGACUUGAGCUCCUUCAACACGAUCCUCGAUGUUCUGUGUAAGUCGAGACGAGUGGAGAUGGCUUAUAACUUGUUCAAGGUGUUCAGGGGUAGGUUUAAGUGUGAUAGUGUUAGUUAUAACAUAAUCGCUAAUGGUUGGUGCUUGAUUAAGCGAACGCCCAUGGCGUUGCAGGUGUUUAAGGAGAUGGUGGAGAGGGGAAUCACCCCAACGUUGGUUACGUAUAAUAUAUUGCUGAAGGGGUAUUUUAGGACUAAUCAGCUCAAGGAAGCUUGGGAGUUCUUUUUGGAGAUGAAGAAGAGGAAGUGUGAGAUUGAUGUUGUUACUUAUACCACCAUGGUUCACGGGUUUGGCGUUGCUGGUGAGGUUAAGAGAUCUAGGAGGGUUUUUGAUGAGAUGGUUAGAGAGGGUUUGGUUCCUUCUGUUGCCACCUAUAAUGCUUUGAUUCAGGUUUUGUGUAAGAAGGACAGUGUGCAGAAUGCCGUGUUGGUUUUUGAAGAGAUGGUGAGGAAGGGGUGUGUGCCUAAUGUGGUUACUUACAAUGUUGUUAUCAGAGGUUUGUGUCAUUCGGGUGAUAUGGAGAAGGCUGUGGAGUUUAUGGGGAGGAUGGAGGAACAUGGCUCACGGCCUAAUGUUCAGACUUAUAAUGUUGUUAUUCGGUACUUUUGUGAUGCUGGGGAGAUUGAAAAGGGUUUGAACAUGUUUGAAAAGAUGGGAAAUGGGUCGUGCUUGCCCAAUCUGGACACGUACAAUGUUCUGAUUAGUGCAAUGUUUGUGAGGAAGAAAUCAGAUGAUUUAGUGAUGGCUGGGAAAUUGUUGAUUGAGAUGAUUGACAGACAAUUCUUGCCUCGAAAGUUCACGUUUAAUCGGGUAUUAAAUGGACUUGUUCUAACAGGAAAUCAUGAUUUUGCAAAGGAGAUAUUAAGAAUGCAGAGCAGGUGUGGCCGUGUUCUUCGGCAUUUGAAAUUGUGAAAACUUUUAGUGUUGGAUUUGGUUCAUGAGAACAUUGCAGAGCGCAAUGGCUUGGAUUAUUUGAUGAGUUUUGCUGGCUUAUGGAUGAAACAUUGGAAUGUCAGAAUACUAAGGGCAGUUGUCCCUUUCUAUGUAUGUGGGCUUCUUGAUGAUCCUCUCGGGCCUGGUCCAUGUAUCCGCUUAUAGGUUGGUCCAAAUGUAGGUCUGUCUUCCAUAGCUUGGUCUCCUUUAGAUUUCCUCCUAAGUGUGGGGGCUUGCAGGGACAUACAUCUCACUUGGUCAUACCUUCAACAGAAGGAUAUUGAUAUUGGGAAAUGGGAAUGGUUGCUAUUUUUGUAGGAGGAAAUUAUAGCAAAUGUACUUAACGACCAACUUCUUAGUUCAUGCCUGUACAAGGAGACUGGUUUUCUACCAGUCGUGAUGGAAUUCUUCAGGCAUGGUUGCUUUCGGGGGGGGAAGGGGUGGAUGCCAAUAAUAAUGAAUGGCCAAGCCAUUAUGAAGAGGAAAACAAGGUUUGUCCCCUAAAGAAGUGAUCCUCACAGGACAAGAAAAUUGCAUUUGCUUAUGCAUGUCUCAGAAUAUUUUCCAUCAUAAUAUCCAAAGUACUUGGUUACUGGGCAAGCAAUGUGAGGUGACCUUUAUUUGCAUUAAUAUUAACUUGUAAUAUUGUAGUGGAUAAUGCAUACACACACACCACUUCACAAUUUAUUUCUGCAUACUUAUUCUGUUACAUAUUCCAAAUAUGAGAUGUAAUCUUAAAGAUUAUGUUUGGAUUGAUGAAAAGUGAUGGAAUGGAAGGAAAUGGAAUAUAAAUGACAUUAGUUAUUACUGUUUGGAUUAUUUAAAAUAAGGGGGAAUGGAAUGGAAUUUGUUGGAAUCUAUUUUAUCCCAUUCCAUCCAAUACCUCUAUUUCUCUCUCUCUUAAUUUGCCAGGUAUAAGAUGGAACAAAGUCAACUAACUUUUAAAUUACUCAUCUCCUUAUCAUUUUGUUUACUUCUCAAACAAUGGAAUACAAACUUUCUUUCAUUUCGGCAUAAUACAUCCAAACAAUGGUAUGGUAAUUUUAUUUCAUUCAAUUUCUCCCUUUCUCUUCUGUCUCUCGGGUCUUGUUUCUUGUAUUUUUCAACACUUUCUAUUGUAAUUGUUUGGUUGACUUUGACUUGCACUUUGUCAAAUCUAGGGAAUAUGUAUCUGCCAGGAUAUUGUCAGCUAGAAAUGAGGAAGGUCGAACAAAAGGGGAGAACCCCAUCAAACUGGUGACAGAUGGAAUUAGGCAAGGAGAUCAAAGCAGCUACUUGGAUUAAGCUGAUGCAGCUAGUGAUGUAAAUGGGGAAGAUGCUAUUGAUGUUGAUGACAAUUAUGGGAAACUUGCUAAAUCAUCUCAUGUUUCUGAUCAAGCAUCUGCAACUAUGACAUCGAAAAUGACUUUAUAGUGAGAAAGAUUUUUUUUCUGAAAAAAAGCCCAUCCAAACGAGCCCUUAGCAAGACAGUUGUAACUGCUUGCAACUGAUUCUAACAGACUGAAGAGGGUAGGAAGGGCAUGCAGGUAGGAGAAGAAAGAUCUAGACAUGGGUAUCUGGAGUCUUGGCUGGAACUUGGGUUUGGGAGAAGAUAAUAAUUGAUGUCUAGGUCCGUUUCGCAAAUUGUGAGGGAAUGCGGAUGCUCAUAGAGGGGAGUUGUCAUAGAGAUGCAAGAGAGGACCCGACUUCGUGCAAGAUGGGUUUCUAGCGGAUAUUCCUUGAUGGUGAUGCUUAUAAUAUCUACACUUGCAUUAAGGAGGAUCUACCAUAUUAUUCCUAUAAUGGUUUUAUAUUAUGGAUGUAAACCUUUAUGUCUCUUGAUUUCUUAAGUUUUAUAGUAUGUUUGAUUCUGAUUAA